UAGACGCAGUCCGUAGUAGCAGCACCGUAGCGUUCUAAUAGGGUCCUUUCUAACGUCCCUCCGGCCGGUAUAGUGUAUUUUUUUGAUGCAGUCUGACCUCGACCGGUCUUUGAUCGCACUGUUUCCUGACAUCCCAUAGGUCACUAUGGAAAUAGUGGGUUGUAGGCGGCGAGGUGGCACUGUAUCGGACGCUAGCCGCAGCAUGGCCAGGGAAAGACUUUUAUAAAAGUUGAAGGAUAUCGCUGACAGGAGAAAGGCGUGUUAUCGUGAGAAGAUCGGGAAAUGUUUCGUUUCCGAGUGGUGUGUCUGCUCCGGAAGCCUUGCAGCGUUUCUGUCCUCACUGGACGCGCUGCGCCUCCUGGCACCGAAUGGAGGAGCUACGCCACUGGUUUUUGUCAUGCCGUGCCCUCUGGAGCUAUACGGAGGCGCUGUGCCAUCAGUGCACGUUGCCCUGCGCCCCCUGGCGCCGAAUUGAGGAACUAUGCUGUUUGUCGCACCGCGCCCUCUGGUGCUCUGUGGAGGCACUGCGCCCCCAUUACGUGUCGCUCUGUUCCCUCUGGCGCUCUAUGGAGCAAGUGCACCGUUUUUACGCGUCGUUCUUUGCCCCUUGGCGGAGAGUUGAGGCAUUGCAUUAUGGCAACGUGUCACUUGAGCACUCCCAUCCGUCACGUUCCUGCCAUCGCCUGCCAGCUCUUUCACACCUCAUCUUCCUGCAGGGCCCUGCCUGCCCCUCUUCUAUGGCUUCUGGUCAAACCAGUACAGAGGCUGAUGGUUAUUAUUCUGGGAAGGAGUAUCAGCAAGUGGUGGCGCUCUCUCCCCCCCAACCGGAAGGAGUUUCUGCGCCAGGAGGCCUGGAGACGCAGGUGGUACCUGGCAGCUGUGGUGUCGGCCCUUCUGACGAUCCUCGCCGCCUUCUGCCUCACGCACCUGGACGAGUCCCCCGUUACGGGACGCGUGCGCCUCCUGGUGUUCAGCCGGGAGCAGUUCAUGGAGCUGGCCAGUCUGACGGCGGAGGAGAUGAUGGAGGAAUUCAAGGAGUCCAUUAUUUCCCCGGAAGACCCAAGACAUAAGGCGGUGGAGAUGGUGGUGAGACACCUGGCUCAGCGGAACCAGGACAUCGCAGAGAUGGCCAGCGUGCCCUGGAGUGUCCAUGUGUUGGACCUUCCCUCCACCAAUGCAUUUGUGCUGCCGAACGGAGAAAUAUUUGUCUUCACUGGCAUGCUGGAUGUCAUCACUGACAUACAUCAACUCACCUUUGUCUUGGGUCACGAGAUGGCCCACGCCAUAAUAGGACACUCUGCGGAGCAAGCAAGCCUGUCCCAUCUGGUGAACUUCCUCUCCCUGAUCCUGCUGACGGCAAUCUGGGCCCUCUGCCCACGGGACAGCCUGGCUGCGCUGGGUCACUGGAUCCAGGGCAAACUGAUGGAGUUACUGUUCGACCAUCCUUACAGCAGGAAGUUAGAGACAGAAGCAGAUGAAGUUGGACUCCAGUUGGCGGCUAAGGCCUGUGCGGAUGUUCGGGGCCUGCCGGACUUCUGGCGGCAGAUGGAGCGGGAGGAGCAGCAGAGUGGGACUCCGGAGCUGCCGCAGUGGCUGUCCACUCACCCGUCCCACAAAAACCGCUCCAGCCGGAUCGAGCGCCUGAUCCCGCAGGCCCUGGAGUUGAGGGCCAGCUGUAACUGCCCUGCUCUGUCACGCCUGCCCCCCCGGCUUGUUGUCUCAGGGAGUGUGCGCCCCCUGGAGGACGGGGAAGGGAAGCAGAAUGCUGUGGCAGCCAAGGACCCCAACCACCCCCCCACCCCAGACACCGGAGGCCUCUCCCGUAAACCGGCGGACAAAUCCCCGACUCGGGGACCUGCUUGAGGCCACCCUGGGGAGUUGAACUUCCCAUCACCUGACAGAGGAUAUUAGGAGGAAGCUGGAGUUUCCUCCAGUCCGGACCUGAACUCAGUCCUGCUAAGAUGCUCAUACGUACUGAUCCGAGAUGGAGCCUCCCUGUCCCUCUGUUGUUCCACUUUUUCUGGCCCUGCUGUGCACAAAUAUUAAAUAUAUGUUUUAUAAAUUAAUGAAAUAAAAAUACAUUGAAAUAAAUACUAGCGCAUCGUGCUGCCUGACCACUAGCAGAAGCUGGAAAUGGUUACCGGGAGAAAUGUAAACCACCAGAGCGAAUAUCUGGCUGAAAGGAGAAUUCAGCACGAAUAAUGCGUUCUUUCCGAAGCGGACUGCCAUCCGAUAAUUACCGACGAAUAUCCAUGAUUGUCUUCAGUGCCUCUUUCCACUUUCUUUGUAUUACGUGUGGUUUAAAAACUCUUGGUAAGACAUAGGUUUGGGUAAUACUGUAGUAGCAAAAUUAGACGCCGGCCAAAUCUAUUUAUGCUGCUUGUGCACGUUAAGUAAACGUUCGGCUUGGUCUUUCUGCAUUGGUUCAUUUUACAUUAUACCGCAGUACACAGUAUUUUGGAGGUAAUUUCAAACAAUAUAUUGAUUUCUUGUUAACAUACAGGCCUAUGUGUGAAAUUAUGUUAUUUUGUGCUGAUUAAAGAAAAUGCUUC